GACACCCACUAGCUUAACGUGGCUCUACUGUAACAUCCCUGUUUCCUUGUAUUGAAUUUCCCCGUAGCUCAUAAUAGAGGAUGACUGGGAGAGGCUAUCGAUAACUGCACUUCUUUAUUGGAGAAAUGGGAGUUUAAAUAUGGCACGCUAAAGAGGUGGAGUGAGCAUGUUUGAUGUUGACUAAAGUCCAAUCCCAAAACCAAGAUGAAGAUGAAGAGGAAGCUGCUGCGUGGGUUGUUGUCAGAGGUUUCCGUCCGGCUGGUGUUGUUCUUGGUGUUCCUAGUGACAGAGCAGCUUCCUCCUUUCUACCGGGAAAUCCAGCCAGAGGAGAUGUGGCUGUAUAAAUUCCGUCGUGUGGAGAGAGACCACGUGCCUACGUCUCUUAUGUUUAGUGUCGCUGUUUUCACCCCUCUGAUUGUAAUCCUGGCUUUCACCUUUCUGAAUAAAUCGGAACGCGGCGAUCUAAAGGAAGCCUCCCUGGCUAUGACUCUGACUCUGGUUCUUAAUGGCGUUUUCACCAACGUCAUCAAACUUGCUGUCGGCAGGCCCAGACCAGACUUCUUCUACCGUUGUUUCCCAGACGGUCAGAUGAACGUGGACCUGCGCUGCAGCGGUGACCCAGAUACUGUCAUGGAAGGCAGAAAGAGCUUUCCCAGCGGCCAUUCUUCCUUUGCCUUUGCAGGUUUGGGUUUCACCUCUUUGUAUAUUGCGGGGAAGCUGCGGUGCUUCAGUGCAGCAGGUCAGGGCAGAGCGUGGCGGCUGUGUACCUUCCUUACCCCGUUGCUGGUUGCGACUGUAAUCGCUCUCUCUAGAACCUGCGACUACAAACAUCACUGGCAAGAUGUGUUGGUGGGCUCUCUGCUGGGUCUGGCCUCCGCCUGGCUCUGCUACAGACAGCACUUCCCUCCUCUUCAGGACGCCGACUGCCACAGACCUCUCAGACACAGGGACACGGUUCCCGCUGCACAAGACCGCAAGCUGGCCAACUCCAGCUACAUCCUACCCUUAUAGAAGACUUGGCAUUACUCUCGACUGCUGUUAUUUUCAAUGGGGUACAAUGUAAAUUCCUGGUUUGCACCUUUAGGACCCUUCGUUUUAUGUGUAGAACAACAAUCUUCCGUCAUCAAGCUGCAUAGUUAAGGAGAUCGUCUGAAAUGACAAACGUGUUAGCACACAGUCCAGCUCCGCAAAGAUCUAAACUGGUAACCAUGACAACAAACCACAGCACAAAUAUUUUAGGACUCCUCUGCUGAUCCCGAUGCUACUACUAGCAGAUGAGCGUCUCAGCUUCUUCACCAAAGGUCCACUGCUCCUCACUCUCUAUCAGCUGUUGCUCAGUUAGAGACCAAUUUUGUAAUUUUCUUUUUUCUUUUCCCCAACAAUCAAAUGUGAGACGUUAAAGAAUCUGCCUGAAUAUUAUGUUGGAUUUGUGUUGACAGUAUAAACAAGCUGAAAGAAAUGGUCGUAGAAGAUGGGAUAGUUUCACAAAUUUUACUACUAGUUAGUUUUAUGUUCAUGUGACUCAAACUUGUAUAAAUAAUCUGGAAUACAGUUAAAAAAUCUAAGCCUCAGAAAUAGUUUUCCCAUAAAAAAAACAGACUACUUCAUUUAUAAAUGACUUUUUCUUAGAAAUUAUAUUUGAACAACUCCGUUAGCAUGAAUUUGUAAUUGCUGCCUAUGUUUUGACUGCUUUAAGUCUUUUAGUCUUCCUAUAGCAUAUUUUGAAUGUUUCUAUUGCCAGAUUUCUUUCAUCUGGAAUAGCCUUUUUCUGUCUAAAUCACAGCAUAACAUUCGGAUGUAGCAUUCUUACUUUUGGCUUUUCCUUUAGUGCCUGCUGUGCUCCACUGAUAAUCACAUGCCAGAUUUAGCUGAAAAGCACACCUUAGAGGGAUUAAGAAAGUCGAGUCUUGUUUUUUUUAUGACACACCUGCUUAAGCGAGCCUGUUUGUGGUUAAAAUGUGUGCACAUGUAGGUUUUUGGAGGAAGGACGGAUCUGUAAGACGUUCCUCAGUUGGUCAGGUGAUGAAUGUCGCCUCUCAGUCCUGCUGGUCAGGUUUUCUUUGCUGUGAAUGGUUAAAAUGUUCUUUUCAAUUUAGGAGUUUCUUUUUAAAAAAAAUGUCAAAUGUUAAGAUCAUUCCUGUUUGCUAGAUUUGACAUUUACACUGCUGUUAUUGUUUUUUUUUCCCAGGUAAAUCUCCUGUUUCUGUUUUUUCACUUGAACCGGGUCAGAGUUUUACAGGGCCAGAGCACUUUCUUCAGUUUCUUGUUUUUGUCUCUUCCAGAAGAAGAAAACAAAAGAAUGGAAAAUGUUGUGCCUUCAUUCACCACUUUAGUCACGUCAAUAAUUGAAUCAGGAUCGAUGCUAUUUGUCUUUGUUGUAAAUCACCGUCUUUUUAUUGUCCUCACCUGACAUUGACAGAAAACACUUCAUUUAAAGUGGCAUGCAGCGUGUAACUCUCAAAAAACUUGAACUUCUUCUCAUAAAUGUUUUUUUAAGUGAAAAUACUGAGAAUAUAAUCUGCAUCAUGUGGACGGAGGAGUCUGGAAACCCUAAAGACAAAUGUUUACUCAGUCUGUUACUUCAGAUGAAUUGUGCAAAAGUAUUUGAACUGGAAGCAUGUUAAUUUAUUUGAACUCUGGCUUCUUUGUUCUGUGAAAAGUGUGUUGAUAGAAUUAUGUUUCACAACAGUCUGGUUUUACUUUACAGCAUUUUGAUGCAUGCUUGACUGCUGAACUCAGACAAACUCUUCCCAUUGCUCUGAUCUAUUCUUUGAACUUUAACCCUUCAAUACAUGUAUGUUGGAAACAGGUUACUCAUUUUUUUUUUUUAAAUCUUUUGUCAUUACAAACGCCUGCUAUGUUGUAAAACUGAGACAGCAUCACGGUUACAUGUUGCGAUGCUUUUGAUGAAACUUGUUGGUGACUCUUAACUGUGUUUUGGAAUAAUUCUGCAAUGCUGCCUGUUCUUUGCACUUUUUCUUUUGGGUCCAUUCAUGCUUUGGAGUUGAGAAUAACAAGCGAGAUGAUUGACUUCGUGCUAAAGCUAGCCAAAAAUCAGUUCAGUAUGGUUCUGUAUGUUAGUGUUAGGAGUAAUUUUAAGAAGUCAAAUUGAAGAUUAAAACUGUCUUGAGAUAAACUGA